AUGGACUGCGGGCUCGAGGAAGUAGACGACCUCCUCAACAUGAACGGGAGGUUGCGCGUCUCCGGUUCAGCUCACACAUCCUCAGAAGAAGAUUCCAGGAGCAACAAACUCUCGACGUCAACAAUCGGGCCCAACACCGGCCAAACUGUAGCACCACGCAACGCAGCUCCAACAGGCGGCGGCGUGGCGCAGCAAGGCGAUACUGGCGUGCCGGCGUCCGGCUUACACCCGAAGGUAGAUAGCGCAAGAGGCACCGGUGCACAUGCGGCGAACAUCCUGAUGUCCUCAACGGCUCCUGCAGGACUCGACAGGAGCUCCUUUCCCGCCGACCCCCCGACCCCCCAUGUGUCGGGAUCAAUGCUAGGUGGGUCACCAACCGAGGGAUUGCUGAGGUGCAACGAUGAUACGGCUGCCAACAACAACAACGGCGAUGGCCACGACAACAACGACACAUCGCCGAACGGCGACGAACACCUUGCACCACAAAACGACGGCACACAGUUCUACUGCUACGACCCUCGACAAGACGCGGCAGCACGCCGUGGCGGCGGCGGCGUGCGUUUCUUGUCUCCGCCUCGGCGACCCGCAAAGGAAACGGCCCCGUUCAUACGAGCGAAAGGCUUGACGCUAACGUACGCCCAAGCCAAACUUUUCGGCCUGGCAGGGUCCCCGCAGCUGGGAGAAGCGAUCGCGAGCAAGGGUUUCACGGCAGGUCGGGGAAAUAAAAGAGCGACCACCGGCAACGAUACUCGCACCUUCCCGGACGGGAACUUACAAGGUGACCAAGGACUGCAACGGCAUCCACAAACCCGCACCUAUUCUCCGUCGAGAAUAGAACAUCUGGCUCGACCCGUUCCUGGGAAAGGACGAGCCGGCGGCGGCGAAACAACGGCAACACUCGAGAGGUCUGACGGUAGUCCGCAACAAGCGGGUCAACGGGGCAGAGGAGGGGAAGAGUUGCACACCACUUUUUUCGUCGCCUUCAGAGAUCCAGCGUGCGGGUACGAUUUUGUCCGGGAAGCCGGGUAUAAUACGGAGGGGUUUUUAGGCAGGGUUGAGGCUUACGCUUCCUACAGCAGGCACAAGCUCGAAACUCGGCGAGGGGAAGACCUCUACGCUUCACGAGUGGACAAGCUCGAGUGCCCACAGUGCCACAACCCUCAGUCUUACGAUGAGUUCGUGAGCAAAAAGCUCAAGUGCGGCGGGUGCGAGGUGCCGUAUUGCAUGCCCCGGACGUGGAAUCGAAGGGUCUGGGAUCACAGGAACGAAUUGUGGGUGAAAUUGUUUUCAUGCUUCCGAAGGGUCCUGGGAUAG